AUGAAUCUUGUAUAUUCUUAUAUUCAAAAGUUAAAAAAUAAAUAUGCUCUAGUAGCUGAAAAGAGUGAAUCAGUUAAAGCUUGGUUAGAUUUUAUUUAUGAAUCAUUAUUAGAAGAUUUUGAUGAAACAGCAAAUAAAUUAUUUGCAUUGAAAUCUAAUAAUAAUAAAAGUAAUAUUGAAAGAACACAAGCUACUAUAGAAGAAAAUUUUAAUUCUUUAAGUGCUGAAUUAUGGAGUUCACAUUUAAUGCCUAAUCUACUAACUGCUACUAAGGAUAAGUAA